AUGCCGAACACUGCGUUUCCCGCACAGGAGACACUGUCCUCCAAUCAGCAACUCGGUGACCCAUCCCGAGAUCAGAGUGCAGAGUAUUCUUCGGAUUCUGAUAAUGAUCAUGUUGAACUCAAUGGCUCUACAAGAGCCUUGAAGCGAAAACGCCCCCUCACUGUCUCAUGUGAACUGUGCAAGCAGCGAAAGGUUAAAUGCGACCGAGUACAACCGAGCUGUGGCUGGUGUACCCGAAAUGGCCAGCUAUGUGAAUAUAGGGAACGAAAGAAGCCGGGGCUGAGAGCUGGCUAUGGAAAGGAGUUAGAGCAACGGCUUGAUCGAUUGGAAGGUAUUAUCCAAUCGCAAGCUCGGCUUAUCGAGAUGCAUAUUCUGCAAAGCCAGCCUUCAAUGGGUCACGAAUUAGCCCAUGCAGGGCAUCUCUCAUAUAGCCCUUCAUCCGAACCGUCGGCAGUCCACGGACCCAGUCCUAGUACUGCUCUUUACUUCAACGACCCUGGGUCUGCUGCUACUAUACUCUCACGCCGUGCGGAUGUCUCUAUCAAUAGUCCAUCGGAUGGCUCUGUGAGGAAUACCUCACAUAAUAAUCUGCAACACGACUUGUCAACGGCACCAGUUGGCCAGUUGGUACAUAACGAAAACGCACAUCACGAUUAUUCAGGAAACGAAUCGUCCCUGAAGGUCCCCGUCAAUGUAUACUCAAAUCAAGAGCAAUCUCUUACUGAUCCUGAUCUAGAUCUGCCACCAUAUGAUUUGCUCUAUGCUUUGGUAGAUCUCUAUUUCGAACAUAUCAAUUCCUGGUGCCCAAUCCUCCACCGACGAACAACUCUGGAUACCUUUUUUGGCCCAUCGCCACUAGAGGAGGCAGACCGAAUGGUGCUAAAGCGCUAUCAUGACUCAUCCAAACAAAAGGUCGUCCUGUAUGGCCUGGAAAAUUCUUCCGUCAGGGCACUUCAGGCACUCGUGAUUCUAGCUCUUGAUUUGGUUGGGUCUUCUAAUGGCCCACCGGGUUGGAAGCUCCUUGCCUUGAUCACCCGAUCUGUAGUUCACCUAGGGUUGGCGGUGGAAUCAAAGUCUUCUCUUAUCAACCCCCUCUAUCCCUCAAUCUAUACUCUGAGAGCUGUCACUCUUUCGGAGCCAGAAUCUUGGAUUGAAGAUGAGAGUAGACGUCGUUUAUUCUGGAUGGUCUACCUACUAGAUCGAUAUUCCACCCUGGCGACUGCGUUCAAUUUCGCCUUGGAUGACAGAGAUAUCGACCGCAAACUUCCUUGCAAGGACGAUUAUUUUAUGAAGAACCAGCCAGUUGAGACGCGGUGGUUCCAAUGCUCCAGCGACCGUGUAGACUAUCUCAGUAAAGCUGAAAACGUUGGGUCUUUCGGUCUCUAUAUCGAAAUCUUAGGUAUCCUCUCGCGGAUUCACCUGUUUUUGAAACGGCCCGUCGAUAUCGGAGCUCUGUCGGAUGUCGCGGAAUGGCAGGCUACCUAUCGCAAACUCGACAGUGACCUCACAUCGUGGGAGUUCAAUCUCCCAGCGGAAUAUGCUUACGAAAGUUCGUCCCGACUCUUCAGUGGGCCCAAGAAUGGCCGGGCUCUGCAUAACGAUUGGGUGCAAUUACAUGCAACCUACCAAACAGCCGUGAUUCGUCUGCACUCCUCAGCAGCAUACCCGACAACCCGAUCUCCAAUCUUCACGCCCUCAUAUAGUGCCAGCCAGCGAUGCCUUCUAGCCGUCGAAAACAUUCUAUCGGUGACAAGAUUCGUUGUAGAGCACAACAUGCUAGACAAGAUGGGCCCGCCUUUCGCCUUCACUCUCUGGGUCUCAGCACGCCUACUCCUCGUCCACGGCUCAACCAUUGCGCAUACCGUCAGCCCCGACAUCAUGUUUUUCGUGGAUACCCUAUUUCAGCUAGGAAGAUACUGGAGAGUCGCCGAGCGAUACAGCAGCAUCCUUCAGCGCGUCCUGGACGAGUACAACGAGUAUCAGCAAUCCAUCGCCAUAGACGGAGAACGAUCCACACCAUCAACAGUCAAGAUUCUCGCCGAUAUGCGUCGCUGUGCAUUCGACCUGGACUUUUUGAUCUCGCGGCAGCCACGUGAAUCACCCGCCGACAAUGGCAUCGGUGAGAGCCACCAGCCCGGGCCACCACUCCUGACAAUGCCCGCACGAAACUUCGCCCCCAACGAACUCGAGUACCUCGACGUUUUUGGUUUCUUUAAUGUUCCUCGUGUUCCUCCUGCACGACCUCCUGACUUAUCUACUUCUGCCUCUUCUCAUUUGGAAAUCCCAGGGUCUGUACCAAAUCCGAUGUCGAUUCAUGGGUUGACAGACGCUGGCCCCGCACCUCCGACUGGGUCAGUAGAUGAUGCUGGCCAUCACUCUAAUGUGAACGAAUUCAACAUCACCAACUACUUGAUUCCGACGCCGGAGACAGAUUGGCUGUUUCGGCCAUCCUAG